AUGGUCGAGGAGAUGCUCAUUGCUAGGGUUCACGUACACGUCAAGGUCCUACAAGUGCGCGGCGCUCAAUACAAAUAUCGAGGCCACGUUGUCCACUUUCUUCGCAACGUUGUUUGCUCGCGAUUUCCGGUGCCACCACCGGGCUAUCGCGAUAUUGUCGUCCCCCAAGGCCCCGUUGAGGAGGCUAUGGAUGAGGAUCCUAGCGAUGCCGACGCAUCAGCGAUCCCGAAUUUGCAGGUUACCGAUACCGAAUUGAACGCCUUGCAGUCUAGAUUUCUCAACGGUACCCCUGACCCUGAGCGUAUGGCUGAUCUGGAGUACAUGCCGCGUAGCGCGCAGGCUCACCACCAGAUGCCAUUGCCUUCCAUUCGCAGGACCCCCAUCAACGAGUUCAACCGUUCCCAGCCGCUGUUAACGCUCGCGUUCCCCACCCUCUACCCUGACGGCAAGGCCGACUUCGUGGAGCCUCGCCUACGGAGCAUCACGUACCAGGACUACCUUGGCCAUGCGAUGAGAUGGCGUGAUGGACGUUUUGCCCGCCAUAAGACGUGGCCUUUCGUCGCCCUCAACACGCUGUUACGCGCGCAGGUCCGAAAGCGAAGUGACUACUUUGUCAGGCAACGCGACAGCCGCCGCCAACCCCUUACACGCGCUGACCUAGAGGAGGCGAUGGCUGAGCCUGACGAGCCGGAGGCUCAGGCCCUGAUCCAGUCGAUCACGCGCCAAGCAGCGGUAAUCAGGGGAACCCGACCGCCCGGCCUCUUCGCUACUGUAAGUGCAGCUGAUUACCACUGGGAAUCCCUAUACCGUCAUAUGCCUCGAUUCGACGAGUGGCAAGCAGCUCCCGAGGCGGCGCGGAUUGCUCUGUCCCGGCAACUGCUGCGAGACAACGCCCACAUCGCCGCUUACCACUUCCAUAAGCGCUAUACAUUGCUUAGGGCUAUUGUCCUGAAGCGGAAGUUCAACCUAACGGACUUUUGGGUGGCCACCCAGACUUGGAUCCUGACAAUGAUCGGUCCCGAGCGAUUCGCCCGUAUCUGGGGAUAUUACAUAUCUGCUAUCAACCCGGAGCCUCGGCGCAUACAGGGCGCGCGGAACGAUGGCCAGAUUAACCACUAUAACCGCUUGCUUACCGUUGCGUGGCUAGCCAAUACAGAUGUCUCGCCCUGCACGAGUCUACAGCAGGUGAUCGACUACGCAGCAAAAUACUGCUCCAAGUCAGAAAAGAAGAGCGAUUCUUUUGCCCAGAUUGGGAAGGCCCUGAUGCCCCGGGUUAAGGACCACAACCCCCUGAUUUCCUUUACGUCAAAGCUACUAAAUCAGCUAGUUUCUGAGCGGGAUUACUCGAAGCAGGAGGUUUGCCACUUGCUCCUCGGCCUGCCGUUACAGGAGGCAUUCCGCUACCUCCGCAUUGACGGCGAUGAGGUUGAUGAGGCACCCAACGUCUACGAGAAAGACCCUUCCAAGUGGAAGCAAUGGCAGCCAGGCAACGUCCACGGCAGGCCCCGCCAGCAGUGGCCAGACUACUGCCGUGCCUUCUCCUAUUGUUGGCAGCAUCACAGUCACGAUGAUGACCAUUACGGCCAGCCAAACCUUGACAUACUUGGCCACCGCGAUAUCGACGUCAAUUACGACUGGUCCCGGCAUGUGGGUCACUUCCAGGCGCAAAAUCCUACUCAAAUCCUUCUUCACGUUGAUGGUGGUGGUGGCACAGCCGCCCUACCGAAUCCUAGCCCAAUUUGCCGCGUGGCGCCAACAGGCGUUGCGAGUAACCAGAUACAGGGUAGCACUAUUCAUUCGUUGCUACGCCUCCUGUGGGUGGUCCUUUACCGACCUUCCCCAACCGACGCAGCCGCCCUUCAGUCCCGCCUACGGCACGUGAAAUACCUCGUUAUCGAUGAAAAGAGCAUGCUAGGGCUUGAGCAGCUCGCGCGGAUCGAUUCCCGUUUGCGACAGGCCUUUCCACAGCGCAAAGUCGAGUUCUUUGGUGGUGUGAGCGUCUUGCUUGUGGGCGAUUUCUUCCAGUUGCCACCAGUCCGGCAAAAGCCCCUGUAUUCGACGAGAACCGGCCUGUCCUCGUUGGAAAGGAAAGGGCAGGUAGCCUACCGGUUGUUUGACCGCACUGUCUUCCUGAUCACGGUACAGCGCCAGGUUGGCGAUGAUCAGGCCCAGUUCCGUCAGGCGUUGCAGGAACUGCGUGAAGUCAAGUUGUCUAUAACGUCCUGGAACCUCCUUAGUAAUCGGGCCCGGGUCAACGAAUACAACCACGAGCAUAUGGUGCACCUCAACGCCCCGGCAAUACAGGUGGAGGCAAAGAAUCAGGGCAAGGGCGCGGGACAGGCACCAAGCGACAAUGCUGGCAAUCUAUCUAACAAGUUCCCUGUUGCCAAGGGCGCCAGGGGUACUGUAUACGAUAUCGCCUGGAACGCAGGCGCCGACCCAUUGGAAGACCCCCCAGCCGUUAUCAUGGUGGACUUUGACAGCUACGACGGACCGUCAUAUCUAACAACUAAUGAGGGCAGGAAAAUCUCACCCAUCCUCCCAAGCCUAACGAAGGAUCAAAUAGUUACUGACCUCGCUUCACGCGACUUCCAGGCCGGUAUUAGCUAUGUUGCUGUAUCACGGGUUACGUCGCUGCAAGGCUUACUCCUUGAGGCGCCUUUCGAUCGUCAGAGCCUCUAUAACCACGCGCCGACGGAAGGGAUGAAGAUGCGCCUCGCUGACCAAAAACGCCGUCAGGCUCAACAGCUUACCGAUGCGCCGUAUCCACCACUUUAUCUUGACUAA